AUGAUGAUCUUUCAAUCCAUUGGGGACGUCAGCGGUCGAAUGCUGGCUCCGACGUCCAAGAGUGGAUCCUUGCAAAAAAAGCUGCCGCUGGUUGGCGGUGUUGUGCUUCCUCUCUGCUUCAGCAUUCUCAUAGCUACGGCAGUGGACACUUCCAUUAUCUCCGAUGUGCUGUCCUACGAGCAGGCAGCAUUGGUUCUUCCGCUGAUAGUAAUGUGCUUCUUCUUCUCCCGCGGCAUGCUCGUCUCUGCCGUCUUCCUUCGAGCGAGAGGCCUCACCAGUAGCCGCGAGGCGGCGGAGCACUUGGCCUCGACCAUGGGAUUCUGCGGCCAGAUGGGCGCACUGUCUGCCAAUGUCAUCACCUUCGCAAUUGUCAACUAUUUCCACUGA